AUGGAACUGAUCAACCUCGGUGACUUUGCCAAGGUGGAGCAGAAUGUCACAGCUACACACAACUGUGCUCCAUCAUACCACUGCCACACCGACAUAUUGACCCCCCCCGCCUCAUCCUCUAUUCUGUCACAUGUUCCAGACCAUUCGUAUCCUACAGGGAAGAUCCAGGUCAUUGGAGACAUUUUCCAGUUCACAGUCGACGUGAGCGAAUUUUCUCCGGAGGAUGUGAUCAUCACAUCCUCAAACAACCUGCUGGAGGUCCACGCUGAGAAGCUGGGAGAAGAUGGCACAGUCACAAACACCUUUUCCCACCGAUGCACUCUGCCAUCAGACGUGGACCCUGUGUCUGUGACCGUGUCCAUGGGGAGCAGUGGGGUCGUGACCGUCAGAGCUCACAGGAUGUAAUCUCACCACUACACCAGUGAUCCUCCUGUGAAUCACUAGGGUUUAGUGACCUCUACCGGCCAGUGGAGGAUCACAGAAUGCGUCAUUCACAGACUAUGGGAAAUAUGAGAAACCUCAUCCAGUGCACUUGAAGC